AUGCCCCUAACCGAGGCCCACAGAGUGCUCAUUACGUACUUGAGGGCAGUAAGGUCGGUAUCAGCCCCACUUUUGACGGAGAAGUUCAAGCGUAUAGCUGAGCACUUCGAAAUUGAUACCAAAGAUGAGCCAGCUGCUAAACUCAGAGAGUACAUCUCUGAUCUCAAUGUCAGGUUGGAAAGAUACUCUUUCAAAAUCGAGGCGGCUCGAGAUCAGGUUCUGGGAGAGGCCGUGUACGUGUUCGUCAAUACAAAAGCUGACUCCGUGAUUCAGGGUUGCACGCCCUACUCGCCGUCUGAACUUGACGCGAUCAAGCAGAUGAUUGACUCGAUAAUUUCGUCUGACUUCGAAUUCUGCCUACCUUAUGGCAAUGCCAAGCAGCAAGUUGCUAGUGUGGCCAAGCUAAGGCUCAAUGACGCUGAUUUCUUCCUCACCAGGCUUGUGAAUGACGGGUGGAUUAAUAUCACUAGUAACAGCCGUGUGGUGCUUUCCACCGCCACGCUAGCGGAGUUGAAGACAUAUCUCAUAGACAGAUUCGGCAUUUUCUCUCCAGACGACCCACUGGGGAAGCUUCUAAGCUGCAAUGUAUGUGGAGACCUUGUCACGUAUGGAAUUAAAUGCCCCAGCGAAGUGUGUCAUGUUUCGUUCCACAACAAGUGUUUCACUGUUUUUUCCCGUCAAAAUCCCGACCUUAAGUGCCUGUACCGAAAUUGUGACAUGACAUUAAACAGAGAUCUGCUAAUAGAUAUUGGCGCAGAUCCCUGA